AUGCCAGAGCUGACUUCAAAGGGCACGACCAUUUCCAAGAAGGGCUUCAAAAAAGCUGUAACUAAAACUCAGAAGAAAGAAGGAAAGAAGCGCAAGAGAUGCCGCAAAGAGAGCUAUUCUAUUUACAUCUACAAGGUGCUGAAGCAGGUGCACCCUGACACCGGCAUCUCUUCAAAAGCCAUGAGCAUCAUGAAUUCCUUUGUUACGGACAUCUUCGAGCGCAUCGCGGGCGAGGCGUCCCGCCUGGCGCACUACAACAAGCGCUCGACCAUCACGUCCAGGGAGAUCCAGACGGCCGUGCGCCUGCUGCUGCCCGGGGAGCUGGCCAAGCACGCCGUGUCCGAGGGCACCAAGGCCGUCACCAAGUACACCAGCUCCAAGUGAACCUGACAAGUGAACGGCUUCAGCAGUCUCCUCCUUGACUUAUACUCCCAACUGCCUUCCAAACCCUGGCUGCAGGAAAGAAAACGGAGGAGAAGUGGAGAUCAUGUUGGGGGAAGUUCUGAGUUCCUGACCUUCAUUUUGCUGGCUUGAGUGCGUGGCGCUACACGCGAAAAAAGGCUCUCUUUGCUUUACUUGAACAGCAGCAUUUGAGUGACUUUUCCUUUCAUAACCGUGACACCUGCUACCAUAGAUAGGGAACAGGAAUUGUGGAAAAGUGAAGGACUAAUGUUUUGGAAUUUUGUCUAAAAGUUUAACCAUGAAGGUUAAGCUGUGUUUCAUAAGUACAAAACAGUAUGUCUCACAUCCAAGUUAUGGCUACUUUUUAGGAAAGACGAAGGAGCAUAGGGGGAGAAUAAAGAUGAGAGAAAUGGAAAGAGACUCAGAAAAAAACAGAAGAAAAAAAUGGCUACUAUGAAAGGAGAGACAGAGCCGGAAGACCCAAGAGAAGCCAGAGAGUGGUAGUCGGAGAAAGCUGAAAGGGAAAAGAACAAGAUGAGGGGACAGACCUUGUCAUGUUUGGGAUGCUUCAUCUGGGUGUACCACCUGUUACACACAAAAUACUCCCCACAUUUCUUGGGUGUCGGGGUGAGUGGAUGGAUUACAACGCUACCACAUCUGGGAGACACUCUCUGACCAGUCCAAGUAAGAUGGCGCCCUUCUAUCCCAUUCUUAUGUUGUUCAUUCUUCAUUACACUUAGCAAAACUGAUAAGAAUUUGUGUAUUAUUUGUUUCCUCUUUCCAUUCUCCAGACAGUAUGCUCCACUGGUAGGGUUAGUCUUUUUUGCUGCUGACUCCCUAAUGCCUAAGGCUGUUCCCGGCACACAGUGGGCUCUCAAUGAGGUUUUGCAGCAAUUGUACCUUAUUAAAGUACACAUAUACUAUAAGAGCAGGGAUAGAGGCCCGAGGAGAGUUGUUGCAGUGGUUCAAUACACUUAGUGACUCAGCCUUUUGGAAGCUUAUUUUCCACAUCUAUACAACAAUAACAAAAUAAUUCUAAGAAGUGUACUAUUAAGGAUGAAGUGAGAUAAAUCAUGUAAAGUUCUUAAAAUGCUUAUGGAUAUUUAGUAUACAUUUAACAACUGUUAGCAACUACUGUAUUUUCUUUAGUCACUGAAUUAAAAGGACAAUCAGAGCAGUCAGUUCUUCUCAGGCCAAAAACUAAAGAGAAAUAUGAGCUUUGAAUGCUCAAAUCCCAACUCAAAAAGUAUAUUUGGGGGAUUUAGAACAAAGAUCAUCUUGUUCUGGGAUAUCUGUUGACUACGCAUGGUUUGAGAUAUUAUCUGUUCAUGCUAACGAUGACUAAGGCAUAGGUAAUAUUGGAGUAAAUAGCUUAUGAAUAGGUGUUAAAAGAACUCUUCCUUGUACAUCAAAUAUCAAUACUGAUGGCAAAAUGGUAUGGAAGAAAUAAACCAUUUUUAUUUCUUCAAUUAUAGGAGAGAGAUGAAUGCAGAGAAGAAAUGAAUGCAAACAGUAAUGGAACAUGUGGAUGAGCUCAUAAAAUUUAUGAAGUAUAAAAGUCUGAUCUGCCUGAGAAUGAUUGAUUAGUGUGUAUAUCCUGCUCAAAUCUAACCCACCAUGGUUUGUUUUAGACUGAUUCAUCAGGAGAGCCUAAACAGCCUAAAUAAAAGUGUUUUAGCAUUUUCA